UAAACAACGCGAGAUUUCCAACGGGGUGACACUGAAGCAGUACCGGGCGGGCGCUCGCUCGGCGCAGAUUUUUUUUCUUACUCAUCUGCACACGCCACAAAUUCGCCGCCUCUGUUCCGACAAGCCGGAGGAAAGGCAGACCUCGGAAGCUUCGCUCCAGCGACCGCCGUUGGGGGCUCCAGCGCGUCGGUGUGAAGAACCUUCGGUCUCCCGUCGGACCUUCCGCGGCUCUCGGUGUAGGUGGUGUCCAACUUGGGAGCAGCGGGCCAGCCGGGGCUCCAUGAGUGCGACGGGGCAGCAGCAUGGGGGGGGCCUGCGCUCCCGCCGGGCGCUUGUCCGGGACCGGGAGCCCGGCGCGGGCACCGGCGUGGAGGCGAGCUGCUGGCUGGCGCCCGGAGUUCUGCGCAGGUUCAUCGAGCUGCCCUCACCCCCCCUCUCCAGGCAUCAGCUCAAGAAGUUGGAGGAGCACAGGUACAGCAGCGCCGGCAGCUCGCUGCUGGAGCCUCUGAUGCAACGCUACUGGGAGUGGCUGGUGGCUCGCGUCCCCGCCUGGAUCGCACCCAACCUCAUCACCGUCAUCGGCCUGGCCACCAACAUCGUCACCACCCUGGUGCUGGUCUACUACUGCCCCACCGCCACCGAGCAGGCUCCGCUGUGGGCGUACCUGAUGUGCGCCGCGGGCCUUUUCGUGUACCAGUCGCUGGACGCCAUUGACGGGAAGCAGGCCAGGCGCACUAACAGCAGCUCGCCUCUGGGGGAGCUCUUUGACCACGGCUGCGACUCCCUCUCCACCGUGUUUGUGGUGUUGGGAACGAGCAUCGCCGUGCAGCUGGGCACCAACCCCGACUGGAUGUUCUUCUGCUGCUUCGCCGGCAUGUUCAUGUUCUACUGCGCCCACUGGCAGACCUACGUGUCGGGAACGCUGCGAUUCGGCAUCAUCGACGUGACCGAAGUGCAGCUCUUCAUCAUAAGCAUGUACCUGCUGGCUGCCCUCGGAGGCUCCGCCUUCUGGCAGGCGCUGAUUCCCAUUGUUAACGUCCAGGUGAAAAUGGUUCCUGCUGUGUUCACCUUUCUAGGAGCCAUCUUCUCCUGUACCAACUACUUCCGAGUCAUCUUCACCGGAGGUGUUGGCAAGAACGGCUCGACCAUAGCUGGCACCAGCGUUCUGUCGCCGGUGCUGCACAUCGGUUCCGUCAUCGUUCUGGCCGUGAUGAUUUACAAGAAGUCUGCCGUCCAGCUCUUUGAGAAACACCCGUGUCUUUACAUCCUGGCCUUUGGCUUCGUCUCCGCCAAAAUCACCAAUAAAUUAGUCGUAGCGCACAUGACAAAAAGCGAGAUGCACCUGCACGACUUAGCCUUCCUGGGACCGGGCCUCCUGUUCCUCAAUCAGUAUUUCAAUAGUUUUAUCGACGAGUACCUGGUGCUGUGGAUCGCACUGGUGCUGUCGUUGUUGGACCUGGUGCGCUACUGCGUGAGCGUGUGCAACCAGAUCGCCAGCCACCUUCACAUCUUCGUCUUCAAGAUCAAGCCAUGCUCGCUGCACUGAUGCAAAAAAAAGGCGCGCACGGACCGACGCCAGCCGUCCUUCCGUCCAUCCGUCUCGCUAGCUGGCGUGUCGAAAGUUGCCGCUUGAGCUAAGCGAAUGUCAGGAGCAGUCAUGUGAUCAUACCGGAGCGUUACAUCCCGUCAGUGUUUGUUCGAAGACUUCAGGUGCUACCAUAACACACACAUGCGCGCAGAAAGAAAAAAAAAAAAGAAAGAGAAAGUGGUCUCCAGACUCUUCUUAACCACGUCUAUUUUUUGUUCGCUUUUUUUGUUGUUGUUGUUAUUGUAAAUAGGCCGCUUUUGUUCCACUUGCUUCCUCAUUUGCCGCAACUUUUUUUUUCUUCAAUUUUACGCACAAUACAGUUGAUUGUUAAUUCAUGUCUGAAGUUGCGAUAACCACUUAUUAGGUGUACAUUUUGGGGGGGAUUAAAACUUUUUUUUUUUUAAUUUAUUGUCAAACGUAUGUAUGGAAUUUUUUGUUUGUGCCAAAAUUAAAUAAAUAUAUAAGGCCUUUAAAAUACCUCGAAAUAUGACUUGAGUGAAAACGUAAAAUAACUACAAUGCAAAAUAGAACCUUAUCUAAUGAUUUGAUUUUCUGUAUUUCAUAACCUUUUUUCUUUUCCUCAUUUCCCGUCAUGGAAUUCUUUCUUUACCGAGUGACAUUUUUAUGGAUUUCAUGGCAUUGUUAUUUCAUGGAAUUCGAACCACCACAACGCUGAUGCAAAUUUCAUUGAAUAAUUAAUUCGAGAAAAUAUAAUUGUUAUUUGAUCAUUAAAAAUGCCGUUAAAAAAAACCAAAAAGAUUAUCUGAGUAUGUUUGAAAUUCAAGUCCCACUAAACUAAAUGUAAUUCAUGAAAUACAAAUGACAUUGAAUGUAAUUCAACUUUGAAUUAAAAUAUAUUGCGUCAUGUUGAUAAUUAUCGUUCACCAUGUCGUAAGUGGGAGAUGGAAUGAAUUUGUUUACCUUUGAAUGAAUAAUCCGUUUAUUUAAUUUUGGCAUUAAAACACCUGUUUGGCUUCUGA